AUGGCUGACAUUCAAGAAGGCGUGGCCAAUCUCGCCCUCGAGGCCAAAGCAAAGGUCGAAGAGGCCGUCAAAGCUGUCGUUGGAAAAAAAGACAAGAAGUCUUCUGGUUCUCUGAGACUGUUGAGAAUGGACCCUCAACCAGAAUACAUUGACCAUAGAAUCAAGAUCUUCGACGAGAUCAAGGCCAAGUACGACGCCGAGAUCUCUGCUAAAGAGAGAAAACAACUAGCCAUCACCUUGAAGGAUGGUACUAUCAAGCAAGGUUUGGCAUAUGAGAUCACUCCAUUCCAAAUCGCUUCCGAGAUUGGUAAAUCUUUCGCCGGUAGACAAGUUAUUUCCAAAGUCAAUGGUGAGUUGUGGGAUUUGACUAGACCUUUGGAGGAAGAUACCGUUUUGGAGUUCUUGGACUUUGACCACCCUGAGGGUAAGCAAGUUUUCUGGCACUCUUCUGCCCACGUUUUGGGAGAGGCCUGCGAGUGCCACUAUGGCUGUCACUUGUCUUAUGGUCCUCCUACUGAGGAUGGUUUCUUUUACGACAUGUCCAUCAACAACGGUGAGGGCUCUGUGUCUCAAGAUGACUUCACCAAGUUGGAGGAGGUCUCUUCUGGUGUUGUUCGCGAGAAGCAAGACUUCGUUCGUUUGGAAAUGACCAAGGAAGAGUUGUUGAAGAUGUUCGCUUACAACAAGUACAAGGUUCAGUUCAUCGCUGACAAGGUCCCUGACGGAACCUCGACCACUGUGUACAGAUGUGGUCCAUUGAUCGAUUUGUGUAGAGGCCCUCAUGUUAUCGACACCGGUAAGAUCAAGGCUUUCAAGAUUUUGAAGAACUCCUCCUCGUACUUCCAGGGUAAUGCUGAGAACGACUCUUUGCAAAGAGUUUACGGUAUCUCUUUCCCAGACAAGAAAUUGUUGGCUGCUCACAUGAAAUUCUUAAAGGAGGCUGCAGAGAGAGACCACAGAAAAAUUGGUAGAGACCAAGAGUUGUUUUACUUUAACGAGAUGUCUCCAGGAUCUGCUUUCUGGUUGCCUCACGGUACUAAGAUUUACAACGCUUUGGUUGACAUGAUCAGAAGCGAGUACAGACAAAGAGGUUACGACGAGGUUAUCACCCCUAACAUGUACAACUCGAAAUUGUGGGAGACUUCUGGCCACUGGGUUAACUACAAGGACAACAUGUUCCAAGUCGAGGUCGAGAAGGAGAACUUCGCUUUGAAGCCAAUGAACUGUCCUGGUCACUGUCUUUUGUUUAAAUCUCGUGAGAGAUCUUACAGAGAUUUGCCAUGGCGUGUCGCUGACUUUGGUGUUUUGCACAGAAACGAAUACUCCGGUGCUUUGUCUGGUUUGACCAGAGUUCGUCGUUUCCAACAAGAUGAUGCACACAUCUUCUGUCAACAAGACCAAGUUGAGGAGGAAAUUUCGGGCGUCUUCGCUUUCUUGCGUAAGGUUUACGGUAUUUUCGGCUUCGACUUCAAGAUGGAGUUGUCUACUAGACCCGACAACUACAUUGGUGACCUCGACACCUGGAACGCCGCUGAGAAGAGUUUGGAGAACUCCUUGAACAGAUUCAUGGGAGAAGGUAACUGGGAGUUGAACCCAGGAGAUGGUGCUUUCUACGGUCCUAAGAUUGAUAUCAAAAUUUCUGAUGCUUUGAAGAGAUGGUUCCAAUGUGCCACCAUCCAAUUGGAUUUCCAAAUGCCUUCCAGAUUCAAGUUAGAAUUCAAGGCUGAGAGCAACGGCGAGAACUCCAUUGCUCAACCUGUUAUGAUCCAUAGAGCUGUCUUGGGUUCCGUCGAGAGAAUGACUGCUAUUUUGACCGAGCACUACAAGGGCAGAUGGCCUUUCUGGAUGUCUCCAAGACAAAUUUUGGUGGUUCCAGUUGGUGUCAAGUACUUCAAGUACGCUGAGGAGUUGAAGGAGAAGUUGGUGAAGGAGCACCACUUCCACGCUGAGGUGGAUCUUUCCAAGAACACCUUGCAGAAGAAGGUCAGAAGCGGACAACUCUUGCAAUUCAACUUCAUCUUCAUUGUUGGUGAAACCGAGGAGCAGGAGAACAGUGUCAAUGUCAGAAACAGAGACAUCCAGGAAGAGCAAGGUAAAAAUGAGGCCAUUCCAUUUGAAACCGUUGUCGGCCAAUUGCAAAGAUUGAAGACCGAGAUGAGGCUGGACAACAAGUUGGUUUAA